CGAUAUCUCAACAUUGAAACUCACCUGUCGACAAGUCGCCGCCGCCUCCUGCUGUCGCCAUGAUAGCGAACCUGGGCUUGCCUCCGAAGCAAAGCCCUCUCCAUCGAUCGUACUCGAGUCCGGACGUUCAUUUUUCGUCCCUUCACACCACACAACGACGUCCACGCUUUUCCCACCGCUCGUCGACGCUCCCCUUGUCCCCACCGUCGUCUUCGGUCCGCGACCCCCCUGUGGAUGUGUUCUUAGGCGGAAGCUGUAACCCGACAACAUGGCGUCGCGAUACGGCGAUUCCUCGCCUUGAGGAGGCCGGCAUCUCGUACUUCAACCCUCAAGUCGACGAAUGGCACGAGGGUCUCAUUGCUUUGGAAUCGCGCGCAAAGGACACCGCGACGGUCGUCUUGUUUGUUAUCGACAACUGCACGCGGGCAAUUGUGAGCAUGAACGAAGCAGCCGAGUUCAUGUGCUGCGGACGUCGCGUUCUUCUCGUCGUACAAGACAUGCCGCUGCAUGAGGACGUCAUUUUGGAAGGAUCACGUUUGUCGUCGUUGGAGAUAGCCGACCUCAACGACGCCCGAGCUUGUUUGCGGCACUUCACCAAGGACUACCCCCAGACGACGCUGUGCGCUUCCGUGGAAGAGGCUGUGGACAUCUUGACGUCGCAGCUUCAAUUGCAACUAGAGGACCGUCCGUCCAGUCCCUUCUCGCUACGUUCCAAUCGACUUCGCAAGCGGUCGUCGGUCAUUCUGAGCCAGAUGAAGCGAAAACCCGAUCGAUUCCUUCAGCGGUCGUGCUCGUCCAGCUCGAUCAUCGAGUACGACGACGGUGGGAGCUCUGACGACGACUCCGUCCCGAACGACACGACCACGGUCAAGAAGGUGUACCUAGGGGGCAACAUAACCAACACGAACUGGCGCGCGACGCAAGCGAUUCCGCGGCUCCAAGCUGCUGGUCUUCCGUACUACAGCCCCCUCGGCGACUUCCACUACAUCCCGACAGCACAUGGACGAGAAGAGCGCAAGAUGGACAAACACAUGAAAAUCAAGGCGGGGUUGGUGCUCAUGGUUAUCCCCAAUACAUGCCGCAGCAUUGCGGCCAUGAUCGAUACGAUAGCACUUGUGUGCAGCGGUCGCGCCGUCAUGCUGGUCGUCGAGCCCAUGACGGAAGGCAUGAUCGUCGAAGACGGAAGCGCUGUGUAUGGUAGGGAGUUCAAAGACCUGAUGCGGGCAAGACUGUAUUUGGAGGAGACGGCAGCGCGCCACGACAUUUGUACAUUCGACUCGGUCGCGGACGCGAUCGACGCAAUUGUGUCCAAAGCAUCGUCGUCGGCGGCGCACGCGCGAAACCUUUAGCGAAGUUGCUGCCGAGAACACAUAUCGAGUAACUAGAAUGCAGGACAUCUUGUGUCGCAAGGCAUACCCACGGA